GCCUGCGUCUAGCUGUGGUUGACCGCGGCCGAGAGGCUGCUCAGUGAUGCCCUCUCCGUGUUUGCUUCACUGGACUUAGCUGUAGCACGUGUCUAGUAGGAAGGAGUUUUCUUCCUUCUUCUUCACUCUCAGGGUGAUGAUAAGAGAUUUGUAGCCUUGGGAGCGUUGUCAUUCCUGCUGAGAGGUCUCCAAGCCGGGGAUGGGCAGCCCCCUGCCUCUGCCCUUCUGCCUGUCCUUCGUGACCUGUUGUGGCCCACGGUGCCCUCGCCAGGCCUGGUUCCCAUGGGCCUCUGUGUCGCUUCUGAUCAGCCCCCCGAGUCCCGCUCGCCCUGCCCGGAGCACUCGGGCCCUGGGCGUCCGUGCGUGGAGCGUCGGUCUGUGGGGCUGGUGCUGGUCUGCUCUCCACUCCCGCACGUGUUCUCCUGGAACUGGGGUCUUGCCCUUGGCUGUCAGAAUCUGUUCUCUUCCGUCUCGAAGCUCUGUCCACUGCGAGCCUGCCGGCCGCCUGGGCCCAAGCGUCCUCACCUCGCGGGGUUUCCAGUAGCCUCGUUCACCUCUCGCAGCCUCACACGUGCCACGCCCUCCGCCUGCUGUCCCGCCCGGCCUGUGGUCAGACUUACGCAUUCUCCUUUAACAAGACACCUGCAGAAAAAACUUUCAGGCCACCCAAAUAUUGUCCAGUUUUGUUCUGCAGCGUCAAUCGGAAGAGAGGAGUCGGACACCGGGCAGGCCGAGUUCCUGCUGCUCAUGGAGCUCUGCAGAGGGCAGCUGGUGGAAUUUUUAAAGAAAAUUGAAUCUAAAGGUCCGCUCUCGUGUGAUACCGUCCUGAAGAUAUUCUAUCAGACGUGCAGGGCGGUGCAGCACAUGCACAGACAAAAGCCGCCCAUCAUCCAUAGAGACCUCAAGGUUGAAAAUUUACUGCUCAGUAACCAGGGGACCAUUAAGCUGUGCGACUUCGGCAGUGCCACAACCAUAUCGCACUACCCGGACUACAGCUGGAGCGCCCAGCGCCGGGCCCUGGUGGAGGAGGAGAUCACCAGGAACACGACUCCCAUGUACAGGACGCCGGAGAUCGUGGACUUGUACUCGAACUUUCCAAUUGGCGAGAAGCAGGACAUCUGGGCCCUGGGCUGCAUCCUGUACCUGCUCUGCUUCGGGCAGCACCCGUUUGAGGACGGGGCGAAGCUUCGCAUCGUCAACGGGAAGUACGCGAUCCCUGCCGACGACACACGCUACUCCGUGUUCCACGGCCUCAUCCGUGCCAUGCUCAGGGUCAACCCCGAGGAGCGGCUAUCCAUCACGGAGCUGGUGAACCAGCUCCAGGAGAUCGCGGCCGCCCGCAGCGUGAACCCCAAGUCGCCCAUCACCGAGCUCCUGGAGCAGAAUGGAGGCUACGGGCACGCGGCCCCUCCUGCGGGCUCCACAGGCAGCGGCUGCGGUGGAGGCCUGGUGGUCGCCGAGUACGACCAGCCCUAUGGCGGGCUCCUGGACAUCCUGCGGGGCAGCACCGAGCGCCUCUUCACCAACAUCAAGGACACCUCCUCCAAGGUCAUCCAGUCCGUUGCCAAUUAUGCAAAGGGAGAUUUGGAUAUUUCUUACAUCACAUCCAGAAUUGCAGUGAUGUCGUUCCCGGCGGAAGGCGUGGAGUCGACCAUCAAGAACAGCGUCGAAGACGUGCGGUUGUUUCUGGACUCGAAGCACCCGGGCCGCUAUGCUGUCUACAACCUGUCCCCGAGGACGUACCGGGCCUCCAGGUUCCACAACCGGGUCUCCGAGUGUGGCUGGGCAGCCCGGCGGGCCCCGAGCCUCCGUAGCCUGUACAGCCUCUGCAGGAACAUGCACGCCUGGCUGCGCCAGGACCCCGGGAACGUCUGCGUGGUGCACUGCAUGGACGGGAGGGCCGCGUCUGCCGUGGCCGUCUGCUCUUUCCUGUGCUUCUGCCGGCUCUUCAGCACCGCGGAGGCCGCCGUGUACAUGUUCAGCAUGAAGCGCUGCCCGCCGGGCAUCUGGCCGUCCCACAAAAGGUACAUCGAGUACAUGUGCGACAUGGUGGCAGAGGAGCCCAUCACGCCCCACAGCAAGCCCAUCCUGGUGAGGGCCGUGGUCAUGACGCCUGUGCCCCUGUUCAGCAAGCAGCGGAGCGGCUGCCGGCCCUUCUGCGAGGUCUACGUGGGGGAUGAGCGUAUGACCACCACGUCCCAGGAGUACGACAAGCUGAGGGAUUUUAAAAUCGAGGACGGCAAAGCGGUCAUUCCCCUGGGCAUAACGGUCCAGGGGGACGUGCUUAUCAUCAUCUAUCACGCGAGGUCCACCCUGGGAGGAAGGCUGCAGGCUAAGAUGGCGUCCAUGAAGAUGUUCCAGAUCCAGUUCCACACAGGGUUUGUGCCUCGGAAUGCAGCUACUGUGAAAUUUGCAAAGUAUGACCUGGACGCUUGUGACAUUCAGGAGAAAUAUCCCGAUUUAUUUCAAGUGAACCUGGAGGUGGAGGUGGAACCCAGAGAUAGGCCCGGCCACGAGGCCCCACCCUGGGAGAGUGCGAGCAUGCGGGGGCUGAACCCCAAGAUCCUGUUUUCCAGCCGGGAGGAGCAGCAAGACAUUCUAUCUAAAUUUGGAAAACCAGAGCUCCCCAGGCAGCCGGGCUCCUCUGCGCAGUAUGACGCCGAGGCCGGGCCUGCGGACGCCGAGCCCCCGGAGUUGGACUCGCCGCACAGCAACGAGAACGCCGACCGCUUUCUGCACACGCUGGACUGGCGGGAGGACGGGGACUGCGCGACAGGCCCAGAGGGUCACCUUGCCGAGGAGGGUCCGUCUGCCGCGGCCGAGGACGGACGUGUGAGCGAGCCGUCUGACGAGGAAGCCCCGACGCUCUCGGCUGAGAGCGGGGACGUGGCCGACGAGGACACGCCGGGCCCGGACCUGCCACAGGAGGACGGUGUGGACCUCCUGGGGCUGCACUCCGAGGCAGGGCCGGCGCCCCCCACGCAGGCCCGCGGGGGCCCCCCCAGCAACGCGGACCUGCUCAGCCGCCUCCUGGGGGCCCCGGCGGCUGCUCCAGAGGGUGCCGCAGGCGGUCUGCUCGGUGGGGACGCGGCCCUGCUCUUCACCAGCCCAGCCUCUGCCCCGAGCGCACGGACCACGGUCCCGGCCGCCACCCUGCCUGCAUCCUUCCCUGCCACCCACAGCGCUCCACCCCUGGCCCGCGGCACCGACUUCCUGCAUCUGGGUGACCUGCCAGCGGAGCCCAGCAAGAUGACAGCCUCUACCAGCCACCCGGACCUGCUGGGAGGAUGGGACGCCUGGGCUGAGGCCCCGGCCGCUGCACCAGCUGCAGAAGGCCCCUUCGUCUCUCCUAGAGGCCAGCCGGCCCCUCCUGGCCCCCCAGCCAGCCAGACCAAGUCUCAGAGCCAGGACCCAUUUGCGGACCUCAGCGAUCUCAGUUCCGGCCUCCAAGGCUCGCCCGCUGCACCUGCUCCUGGGGGCUUCGGUCCCAAAACAGUCCCCCCUCCCAAGGCCAGUGGCUCCUGGCAGAUGAGUCGGCCCCCAGCCCAGGGCACCCCGUGGCCCCCCCAGGCCAAGCCAACCCCCAGAGCCAGCGUACAGCCACGGCCAAACUACACCUCCAGCUUCAGUGUGAUCGGCAGCCGGGAGGAGAGGGGGGUCCGUGCCCCCGGCUUCGGUCCAAAGCCAAGGGUGUCGGAGAACGAUUUCGAAGACCUGUUGUCCAACCAGGGCUUCUCCUCCCGGGCCGACAGGAAGGGGCCGAGGACGAUCGCCGAGAUGAGGAGGCAGGACCAGGCGCGGGACUCAGACCCGCUCAAGCUGAAGCUCCUGGACUGGACGGAGGGCAAGGAGAGGAACAUCCGCGCUCUGCUGUCGACGCUGCACACGGCGCUGUGGGACGACGAGCGCCGCUGGACGCCCGUGGGCAUGGCCGACCUGGUGACGCCGGCGCAGGUGAAGAAGCACUACCGCCGCGCCGUGCUGGUGGUCCACCCGGACAAGGCCCGGGGGCAGCCCUACGAGCAGUACGCCCGGAUGAUCUUCAUGGAGCUCAACGACGCCUGGGCCGAGUUCGAGAGCCAGGGCUCCCGGCCGCUCUUCUGAGCCCACGGGUCGUGGCUGCAGGUGCGGCUCGUGGAGCUGGAAGCUGCUGGCUGGCCUGGAGGGCUGCGCGGGGGCCGGGGCGGCAUGGGCUGGCGCGGCUGCAGCUGGCAUCACGUCGCGCCCGCCACGCUCAGCGGAUCCAGAGCCAGCGCUACUCCCUUCGCAGGAAGAGAAAGCAUUCCAAAGCCUCCGAGUUCUUUCUUUUUCUCUUCUGGUCCUGAAGGAAAGGUGACGAUUUGCACUCCUCCCACACGUGUCACAGUCUGUGAUUUGUUUUAUCCGUGGCGUGUCCACUGGGUAGAUCGCGCUGCUCAGCUGUCCUCCAGAAUCUGUUCGUGAAUGUUCACGUCUCCCCUCAUAAUCAGCCUGGUGACCACCUGUACAUAAUUAAACUAUUUUCUGACGACCCUCGUCUCCGGGGCUGCACACCACCUCCCUGCACUUUUGCUGUCACCUGGUUGACCUUGGCUCUGACCGUGAAGAUGAAUCGCAGGGACCCCCGCCCGGCAAGCUGGGCUCCUCACCGCUGCUGGCCUGAGGCCCUGCGGGCCCCCGGUCUGGCCUCGGCCAGCAGCCCAGGCUGGGUGGUCGGGCGUGACAGGAAGGCAGGAGGGCCGGGAGGUGUGGGGACUGAUGAGACGAGCUGCGGCUUGGGCCUGGGGGCUGGCCCUCGUCGGGUGCUGGCCAUGCCCUGCGGUCACUGCAGCGUGGCAGAGGCACAUGGUCUUGGUGCAGGUGCACAGAGGCUGGCCCUCCCCCGGGUCCCCCGGGUCCCUCCUCCUCACAGCGGGAGGGUGUGGGGGGCUUUGGAUUCUCUCGUUCCGGGAAUUCAAAGCAAAAGCAAUGGCCUUGAGUCACGGCCUGUUAGAGAAUCCCCAGCUGCCCCGUGCUCCGGGGGACAACUCGUCAGGACAAACGACAGCAGUUACAUGACUCGAGGUUUUGGUCAGAAGUGACGUUCCCAGCCUCCUGCGGGUCUGUCCACCGUCCGCAGGGCGCGUCCUACUCCUGGCUGCCUGGCACUGCUGGCCGGGCCCUGGAGACGGGGCGGACAGACCUCGACCCUCAUCCCUGUGGUGACAGCAGGCUUGGCCAGGCCCUGCCGAAGCUGCCCCUCAGCCCAGUCAGCACUGUGGGCUGGUCUCUGAGAACUCUGUGCGGUCUCUUCUUUAGCCAAAAUGUGAGUUAUUGAGUCAGAUGUGAUGCCAAGUUAGGGAUUCAAGAGGGCGCCACCUGCCCCUCAGGUGGGCUUGCGAGUUGGGUCACCCGGGUCAGGACCCUCCCUGUGCCGGGCUCCUAGGCGCCCAUCCUCACAUCAAGGCCUCACCUGGGAGACAGGGCAGCGGUUAGCUGAACACUCUGACUUGAAGCUCGGAGCCCCGCCUUCCACCUCCAGUGACCUCGUUGGUCUGGCAGAGGGUGGGCCUGCACCUCCUGACAGUUCAGAGGAGGAAGGGGCUCUGGCUUUGUGUCCUGAGGCCCCAGGACCCUACGGCCUCUGC